AUGUGGAUGGUACAUUUUAGUGAUCACUCGUAUGAUCGGAAACUUCGGCCUCUAAUGCCGAAGCCGACGAUCAACUCUGGCAGCAGUACGGCACUUUCUGCAAUGCCAACUCCUAGUUGCUGUUGCAUUCACACAACUAAUAUCUUUGAACAGAACCACCACCGAACUAGUGUGAAUGAAGAUCACCAAUUCAGAAAUGCACAACCUUUAGUCAUGAGUUCUAGGUGGAAUCCAACAGCAGAUCAAUUACAGGCCCUUCAGGAAAUGUAUAGACGAGGAGUAAGAAGUCCAUCAGCUCAACAAAUCCAGCAAAUUGCUGAAAAGCUUCGUCGAUUUGGUAAAAUUGAAGGGAAAAAUGUGUUUUAUUGGUUUCAAAACCACAAAGCAAGAGAGAGGCAGAAAAAACGUCGUGAACAAGAGGCAUCAUCAUCUAGAAAAAGGAAGUGCGAUGUCUUUGAAAACCCUGAAAGUGAACAUGCAGAUUUGAGCAGGAGAGACAUGGAAACUAAACAUCCUAAAAAGUUGCCUAGCCCCUCAAAAUGCACCACAAUUUCAGAGGAUUCUGUAUCAAUGCAUAGAGCAGCUGUAGCAGAAUAUGGAACAGACAGGUGUAUACAGAGAGAAUUGCAGCAGAGAGCUGAAAAUAAUGAAAUCUGUCCAUUGAAACAUUCAGAUCAAGAAAAUACACAGCAUUUUCUUGGCCUGAACCUCAGCAUAUCACUGCCCCUCAAGAAUGAUGAUAUGGGAAAUGAAGAAAAUUCAACUCUUGAGCUCUUUCCAAUUUGGAGAAAUGACCAGAGAAUUACCCUUAAUUCUAUUAAAGAGGACACUGAUUUUACAAGCAUGAAAAUCACUCCAAAUAAAUUCUUUGAGUUUCUUCCUCCGAAAAAUUGA